AUGUCAGGCAAAGAGGGCAAAGGCGCAGAGAAGCAUUCAAGGUUGCAGCCCACACUGGUGACAGUCCCGUUCGAGGACAUGCUGCAGCGGCCGCGGGAGGCCUUCAGGACGGCGGAGUUCCGGGCCGCCCAGCUCAAGGGCCUGGGCCACUUCCUGGAGGGGAACAAGCAGCUUCUGCAGGAGGUGCUGGCGCAAGACUUGCGCAAGCCAACCUUUGAGUCAGACGUCUCUGAGAUCACCCUGUGCCAGAAUGAGGUCGACCUGGCCCUCAGCAGCCUGAACACCAGGACGAAGGACGGGCCCGUAGCCUACAACCUGUUAACGCAGCUGGACUCCGCCUUCAUCUGCAAGGAGCCCUUCAGCCUGGUGCUCAUCAUCGCGCCCUGGGACUACCCGGUGAACCUGACCCUGGUGCCCCUGGUGGGCGCCCUCGCCGCGGGAAACUGCGUGGUGCUGAAGCUAUCAGAAAUAAGCCAGAACACAGAGAAGAUCCUGGCUGAGGUCCUGCCCCAGUAUCUGGACCAGAGCUGCUUUGCCGUGGUGACAGGUGGACCUGAGGAGACAGGGCAACUGCUGGAACACAAGUUUGACUACAUCCUCUCCACAGGUGAGGAGGUCAACUCCAUGUCCCCAAGGAGCCCUCAAGUCGGCAAGAUUGCCAUGGCCACAGCCACCAAGCACCUGACGCCCGUCACGCUGGAGCUGGGGGGCAAGAACCCCUGCUACGUGCACGACGACUGCGACCCCCAGACCGUGGCCAACCGUGUGGCCUUCUUCCGCUACUUCAACACCGGCCAGACCUGCGUGGCCCCCGACUACGUCCUGUGCAGCCCCGAGAUGCAGGAGCGGCUGGUGCCCGCCCUGCAGAGCGCCAUCACCCGGUUCUACGGCGACGACCCCAGGAGCUCCCCCGACCUGGGCCGCAUCAUCAACGACAAGCAUUUCCAGCGGCUCCAGGGCCUGCUGGGCAGCGGCCGUGUGGCCAUCGGGGGCCAGAGCGACAGCAGCGACCGCUACAUCGCCCCCACGGUGCUGGUGGACGUGCAGGAGACGGAGCCGGUGAUGCAGGAGGAGAUCUUCGGGCCCAUCCUGCCCAUCGUGACUGUGAGGAGCCUGGACGAGGCCAUCGACUUCAUCAACCGCCGGGAGAAGCCCCUGGCCCUGUACGCCUUCUCCAACAGCCAGCAGGUGGUGAACCAGGUGCUGGACCGGACCAGCAGCAGCAACUCUGGGGGCAACGAGGGCUUCCUCUACCUGACUCUGGUAUCCAUGCCUAUGGGAGGAGUCGGCAACAGCGGGAUGGGAAGAUACCACGGCAAGUACUCCUUCAACACCUUCUCCAACCACCGCGCCUGCCUGCUGUCCCGCCCAGCCCUGGAGAAGCCCAACGAGGUCUGCUACCCGCCCUACACUGCCCAGGAGAAGCAGCUAGUGACAUCGGCCUUGAGACACCAGAGCUGCAGCCUCCUGUGA